AUGCGCCCAUCCAUUGGCUACGAGAACUUGCAUCUCGUUGAUCGUACAGUGUCGACCGGUCUCAGCGUGCGUUGGGUCGUCUGCUGCCCAUUUGGCGAUCCGAGCAUCGACGAUCCUCUCUUUGAACCAUGUCGUCGAUGUCCACCUCUGGAGGCGGUUGGACCACAGACCGUAGGCGACGUCCCAUGUCGACAGCCACAACCCACUCGGCGGAUGCAUCCCGUCAUACGCCUUCCGGUUGUACCCGACACGAACAUCCGUAUUCAUCCACACACCUUUGUGAGUGCUUGUCCUGCUGUCAUUGUUGUUGUCUGCGUGAAUGAGGCAGCACUCGGACGCCUCGAGAUGCGACGCUGCCAGACUGUCCGACAGCCCGCGGAAGUGCAGCCCGUCGUAAAACGGCGCGGCAUCCAUAGCCACCAAGCCGUUCCAACAGCUGCGGACCGGCACGGGCGCUCUGCGGCGCACAGCGUUGCGCGAUGCCGAGGCCCGGAAAAAGGGCCAGUGGAUCGAGAGCGGCGCGUGCCCGUCGCUGUCGCGCAGCGCAAAGGUGUCGUAGAGCAUAGGCGCGACGGAUGCGUCCAGCGCACAGGCGGCUGCGUAGUCGCCCCCACGCGUGUCCAGCAAGGUCAGCACAUCGGCUACGGAAAAAGCAAUGUCCUCGAUGAACACAAUCUUAUCGUAUACCACCCCUGCCCCCGUGUCCUUUUGCUCGCGCAAAGGCUCCAGCACCGUGUUGCGCAGGCCCGCCAGAUAGGGGAUCCGUCGCCGGUGGCGUUGGCCACUGGGGUCCGUCACCCAUCCGUUUAG